GACUUCGUCAUCAGUUUGGUUUGGAACUUUGUGUAGUGAGGAUGAUGCACUCUUUCAUUAGAGGAUUUACAUGAGUGCUUCAAUAUGGAGUAGGAUAACUCGAUACAUCCCCAUGUGCACGCUGGAGCAAGAUGGUGAGAGAGACACGGCAUCUCUGGGUAGGAAAUUUGCCCGAGAACAUAAGUGAAGAAAGAAUUAAGGAACAUUUCAAACGGUAUGGCCCCGUGCAGAGUGUCAAGAUGCUGGGUGGUGGCGGUGGUGGUGGCGGCGGCGGCGGCGAGGAGGGCGGCGGCGGCGGCGGCCCCGGCGGCAUGUGCGCCACCGUCGCCUUCGUGGACAUCUGUGCGGCCGCCAAGGCCCACAAGGCCGACAACCGCUUGGAGGACCGGUGCCUCAAGACCACUUACCACGAGGCCUCCCUCUCCGCCCUCUCCUCGCCCCAGUACACCCCGCCCAUACACAUGCACCGCGAGCCGCCCACUCAUCCCUACACGCCCACGCCUCCGCCUGCUCCCAACCCUAACAACCCUGCACUAGCCGCCCGCAGCCCCCGUUUCUCUUCUGGCGUGCACGAGGAGCCUGCAGGCAGCGUGCACGAGGAGCCUGCAGGCAGCGUGCACGAGGAACGUGCAGGCAGCGUGCACGAGGAACGUGCAGGCAGCGUGCACGAGGAACGUGCAGGCAGCGUGCACGAGGAACGUGCAGGCAGCGUGCACGAGGAGCGUGCAGGCAGCGUGCACGAGGAGCGUGCAGGCAGCGUGCACGAGGAAGGUGGGGCGGUGGAAGUAAGGUAG